AGAUUUCGGGCCGGGGAAGCCUCGGCCCUCCCUGCGUCGGUGUCCCCAAGGAGGCGUUGGUGGCAUGGAGGGGACAGCGCUGCCCCUCGAGGGGGGGGGGUUGGAGGGGCUGACGCUGAGGCGGCCGCCCCCCCCCGGGAAGAAGGCAAAGAAAGCCGUGCUGUUCUUCGAGGUGGAGAUCCUGGACGCCAAGACGAGGGAGAAGCUCUGCUUCCUCGAUAAGGUGGAGCCGCAGGCGACCAUCGCUGAGAUCAAGAACCUGUUCACCAAAACGCACCCGCAGUGGUACCCGGCCCGGCAGUCCCUGCGCCUGGAGCCCAAGGGCCGCUCCCUGAAGGAUGAGGACGUUCUGCAGUCUCUGCCCGUGGGCACCACCGCCACCUUCUACUUCCGGGACCUGGGGGCGCAGAUCAGCUGGGUGACGGUGUUCCUGACGGAGUACGCCGGGCCGCUGCUCAUCUACCUGCUCUUCUACUUCCGUGUCCCCUUCCUCUAUGGGCCCCGCUAUGACUUCACUGCCAGCCGGCACGCUGUCGUGCACCUGGCCUGCGCCUGCCACUCCUUCCACUACAUCAAAAGGCUCCUGGAGACCCUCUUUGUGCACCGCUUCUCCCACGGCACAAUGCCGCUCCGAAACAUCUUCAAGAACUGCACUUAUUAUUGGGGUUUCGCUGCUUGGAUGGCGUAUUACAUCAACCACCCCCUUUACACCCCCCCCGCGUAUGGAGAUGAGCAGGUGAAGCUGGCGCUGGCCGUGUUCCUGUUCUGUCAGUUGGGGAACUUCUCCAUCCACGUGGCGCUGCGCAACCUCCGCCCUGCAGGCUCAAAGACACGGAAGAUCCCAUAUCCCACCCGGAACCCCUUCACGUGGCUCUUCCUGCUCGUGUCCUGUCCCAACUACACCUACGAGGUUGGCUCCUGGAUCGGGUUUACCAUCAUGACGCAAUGCCUGCCCGUGGCUCUGUUCUCCCUGGUGGGCUUCGUGCAGAUGGCCAUAUGGGCGCAGGGGAAGCACCGCAGUUACCUGCGGGAGUUCCGCGAUUACCCACCGCUGCGUUCCCCCAUUGUCCCCUUCCUGCUGUGAGGGGGACACCGCCGCCCCCCACCCCACCCCAUGGGACAGCCGGGGCGGCGGGGGACACCCAGGUGACAAAGGACACCCGAGAGGUGGGGGGCAGCUGAGUUAUGGGGGGACACCCAGGUGACAAAGGACACCCGAGAGGUGGGGGGCAGCUGAGUUAUGGGGGGACACCCAGGUGACAAAGGACACCCGAGAGGUGGGGGGCACCCGGGUGAUGGGGGGCAGCUGAAUGAUGGGGGACACCCAGGUGACAAAGGACACCCAGGUGACAAAUGACAUCCAGGUGAUGGGGGACACCCAGGUGACAAAGGACACCCAGGUGAUGGGGGACACCCAGGUGACAAAGGACACCCGAGUGGUGGGGGACAACCGAGUGAUGGGGGGCAGCUGAGUUAUGGGGGACACCCAGGUGACAAAGGACACCUGAGAGGUGGGGGGCAGCUGAGUGAUGGGGGACACCCAGGUGACAAAGGACACCCAGGUGAUGGGGGGCAGCUGAGUUAUGGGGGAACACCCAAGUGACAAAGGACACCCAAGUAAUGGGGGAUGCCUGGGUGAUGGGGGGCAGCUGAGUGAAGGGGGACACCCAGGUGACAAAGGGACAGCCAGGUGACGAAGGACACCCGAGCAGUGGGGGAUCCCUGGGUGAUGGGGGGCAGCCGGGUGACAAAGGACACCCGAGUGGCAAAGGACAUCUGGGUGAAUGACAUCACCGUGCGUGACGGGGGGCACUCGGGUGACAAAGGACAGCUGGGUGACAAAGGACAGCUGGGUGACGUGGGACAGCUGGGUGAUGUGGGACAGCUAAGUGACAGGGGACAGCUGGGUGACAAAGGACAGCUGGGUGACAGAGGGAGCACCUGGGUGACAUGGGGGACAGCUGGGUGACAUGGGAGAGCUGGGUGACAUGAGAGCACCUGGGUGACGGGACAGCUGGGUGACAUGGGGGACAGCUGGGUGACAUGGGGGACAGCUGGGUGACACGGGACAGCUGAGUGAAGAGGAGCACCUGGGUGACAUCUGGUGACAUGGGACAGCUGGGUGACAUGGGGAGCACCUGGGUGACAUGGGGGACAGCUGGGUGACAUAGGAGGGCUGGGUGACAUGGGACAGCUGGGUGACGUGGGAGAGCUGGGUGAUGGGAGCACUUGGGUGACAGGGGGGACAGCUGGGUGACAUGCAGAGCACCUGGGUGACAUCUGGGUGACAUGGGGAGCACCUGGGUGACAUGGGGACAGCUGGGUGACAUCUGGGUGACAUGGGACAGCUGGGU